AACCACCGCACCACAGCCAGCCUGCCAGCCUCCGGAGCGCACCGGUGGAGCAGGAGUCCAGGCUGCCCGCUGGAGCUGCCCACAGCUCCGCCUGCUUCCUGUCUCCCUCCGCAGCCCCGUUGGAACGCCUUUAAAGCCGGCAGUAGCGUGAAGGGGGGGGGGGAGUGGGAAGGUGUGGGAGGGCUUUCUCCCGUGUUGUUGUGCGUGUUUCUCCACACCUCUCUCCCCUGAUGGGCGGAAGGCGCCGCUGAGGAGACACGCCGCCCCACCGAACGCGCACCAACACUUCCCCGCCGCGCAGCACCGACACACGGCCGGACAGCGGGACCGGAGGACGAAAGUUUCCCUCCUUUUGGGAUUGAUUGUGUUUACGACUGGAUCAUCAUCUCUGAGGAAACCGGAGCGACAUCUUUACGGUCUUGAUGGGCCAUACAGCCAAUUGAAAAGCGUUGACAUCCCGUUAGAGCUGUGGACCACGGUGGAUUGCUGAGCAUCAGAACCUGCUCCACGUCGUUUCUGUUCUCUUAAGGCUAAUUCCAUUUUCCUGCGCUGUCGGUACCUGAAUGGACCUUUCCAAAAUGGAGACUCUUUCCCAGGACUCGAUCCUGGAGUGCCAGAUCUGCUUUAACUACUACAGCCCCCGGCGGCGGCCCAAACUCCUGGACUGCAGACACACCUGCUGCUCGGUGUGUCUGACCCAGAUGCGCAGCACCCAGAAGGAGAUCCGCUGCCCGUGGUGCCGGGGAGUCACCAAACUGCCCCCCGGCCUGUCCGUCUCUCAGCUCCCGGACGACCCGGACAUCAUUACCGUCAUCGCCAUCCCUCACGCCUCGGAGCACACGCCCGUCUUCAUCCGCCUGCCCAGCAACGGCUGCUACAUGCUGCCGCUGCCCGUCACCAAGGAGCGGGCCCUUGGCCUGCCGGGGGACCUGGGGUGCCGCUUCCUGCCCGGCGGCCAGCAGAAGGGGGUGACGGUAGUGACGGUGCCCGAGCAGCAGCCUCUGGGCCUGGCUGUGGGUCUGGAGGCCAUUGGGCUAGACGGGAGCGAAGGCGAGAGGAGGGGCCCCGGCCCCGUGGGGGGAGGAAAGGGUUCCACGUGGUCCGGCGUUUGCACGGUCAUUUUGGUGGCAUGUGUGCUGCUGUUCCUGUUGGGAAUCGUCCUGCACAAUAUGUCCUGCAUCUCCAAACGCUUCACUGUUAUCUCCUGCGGCUGAGGGAGGCCGCUCGGACCUCCUCCUCCCCCCCUCCCCCGUCCUCGCUGGCCCCGCUCCUCCUCAGGGACGGAGACGUCUGAGGAGGGGAGACUAAACGUAACAUCCCGGGCGAAUCAGACGACAGCAGAGCAAAGGGGAGUAAUGCCGAUGAACAAAGAGGGCAAGAAGGAGAUCCAUAAACUGGUCUGUCUGUGUGUUUUUGUUCUUCAAUGACGGAAACUCAAAGUGGAUAUACUUUUUCCGCCAGCUCUCUGUUGGUUGUAAAAACUGCCACCUCUUUCUGUUUUGGUCAUGUUCUCUUAAAGAACGUUCUGGACGUCACUGUGGAUCGUUUUUAGACAACUGAUUGUGUUUUUCUUAGCGUCCCGUAGACACACUUGAGGUGACUGGACCGCCUGUUAGCUCUGUGGUUUGUAGAAGUUUCUCAGUUGUUGGUGUUUUUAAUUAGGCUUUAAGCGCCGUCUCCCCUGUUGGUUCUAAAGAUCCAGAACCUGGACUCUGUGGGAAUUAACGAAGCGUCUUUCCAUCUUGAUUUUCCUUUUUUUCACCCCUGUUUUAAUUGAAAUAAUGAACGGUGUAUUGUACAGCUGAAAUACACACAGCCAGCCAUGAGAUGCUUUAGGAUCGUAAAAGUGUGAAUUUAUAUUGUUGUUUGAAUCAGCCGAUGGAAAUUCUUCGUUGUUUGAGUUAUAUUUUAAGUAAAAACAUUUGUUUGUUCAAGCCUCA